AGAUGGCGUAUUUCAUGACUGAUGUUACCAAGGAAAAUCGCCAAGAUGAAUGCAGAUUUUCGCCGAACAAAGAAGCUACCGAAGAAGAUCUUUUGCGAAUUGGAGUCGAAUGCACAAAAGUCAACUUUGAUGACGAACAUGUUCAAGAGGACUUGGAUCGUCUUAUCAAGAAAUAUGACAUGAAUUUUCACGACGAAGUUCAUAUUUGUCGUGCCACCAUGCCGAAUUUCGAUGAAAAACUUGACAUCUUCUUUGAAGAACAUCUUCACGAUGAUGCGGAACUUCGUGUAAUUAAGCAUGGCGUUGGGUUCUUUGACGUCAGAACAAAAGACGAAGCUUGGAUCCGCAUCCCAGUUCGUCGAGGAGACUUUGUUUUUCUUCCCGCAGGAAUCUACCAUCGCUUCACUACCGAUCCUUCGGAAGACGUCGUUGCUCUGAGACUUUUCCGAAAUAAUCCCAAGUGGACUGCAUUCAACCGCAAAGCUGAUGGAGAUGAGCAACGAGUUCGCCAGCAAUAUUUGAACGAUAUUUCUGCUUAAUUACAACGUCUAGUCAAUUUCCGUGGUUUGCAUAUUUCUGUAUUUGAUGCAAUAAACAGUCCAUUUGUG